AUGCGACUAUCUCCCCUCUUGUGCUCACCUUUCUCCAAAAUCCCUCCCUGUGGACAGUGGGUCUCCGGAAACAACGUUGUGACACAGGAAGCUUGCCACUCUCUUUCGACUAUCCGCAUUCCAUCACUUUCCCAUUUACAUUCGCUCGAUCAAAAGCAAGACGAACGUCUCCAUUAUAUCCCAGCGCCAGGUGCUCCUCUGCUCAAGCCCAGAGCACUUCCAAAUAUCGAAAACGAUUCUUUUAGUUCAUCGGACUCUUUACCACGCUUUAUGUCUGAUGUAUUCUCCAUCGGAGUUACCACUCGACUGCCAGCGAAGCGUAAGCUAGACACGAUGGAUGGAUGGGACCAUUCCGUCGAUAAUCCCAGUCUCAGAAUGCACAAGCACACUCUUAAAAAGCAGUGGCGACAAAGGGCGCGAAGUCACUGUUUACGCAGAUAG